UGAUUAAGCAAGGUAAACUGAAAAUAUCAGAGGAAGACGAACUGAAAUAUUUCAAAAACCAUCCGAAAUUCGCAUAGGAGGGCUGAAGAAAACCACUAAUAAACCAAGUGGCAAUAAACUAGUCCUCUGGUAGGAAUUCAAAACCAUAACAUCUUUAGAAUACAAGUCAGGCGUACUACAGCUCAGUAAGACAAGGUACUGGUUGCAGGGACCAAAGAAACAAAGACUUCUGUGGUAGGCCAGACAUAUUCGUGACAAACUUGUAUCAGGAUAACCAAUUAGUCAGUCAUGACCAGGCUUUCAAGGUUAAUGUGCACCAACCAUAUACAGCCUAGUCCAAUCUCAGGUGCUGAGUUAUCACGAUCCUUGGAAGUGAAGCUACAUGCACGGGUUCACAUCCAGUUCAUGAGUGCACUCUAACUUCUAGUAACUAUGUGAAACAAGCCUACAGAAAUUUCAGAGGGACAUGUUUACCAGUGGUGAAUCUUGGUCUAGACGUCAGGUCAUGUGGAAAUGCAAUAUUAUUAAAUCCCACCAAAAAUCACAACACAAUGCUAAGGUUUUCUUCAUUGAAAUAUAUGUGAUAGCCUUCAGUUUUGGCCACUCAGCUGCAAGAGAACACACACGCAUCCGUAGGGAGCCACCUGUUUACAGUCCACCAAAGUCUAGCUACGGACCACCAAAUCCCAGCUAUGGACCACCUCCAAAGGCAAGCUAUGGACCCCCACCAAAAGCAAGCUACGGCCCUCCAAAGGCAAGUUACGGGCCCCCACCAAAGGCUAGUUAUGGACCUCCCAAGGCGAGCUAUGGUCCCCCACCAAAGGCCAGAUAUGGACCUCCAAAGGCAAGCUAUGGACCCCCACCAAAGGCCAGUUAUGGACCUCCGAAAGCAAGCUAUGGACCGCCACCAAAGGCCGCCUAUGGUCCUCCAAAGGCAAGCUAUGGACCUCCACCAAAGGCCACCUAUGGCCCACCCAAAGUGAUCUACGGACCUCCAAAACCAAGUUACGGUCCACCACCAAAGGCCAGCUAUGGCCCUCCACCAAAAGCAAGCUAUGGCCCUCCAAAACCUAGUUAUGGACCUCCAAAGGUCAGUUAUGGCCCACCACAACCAGUCUAUGGGCCUCCAAAAGCAAGUUAUGGUCCCCCACCACAAGCCAGUUAUGGGCCUCCUAGCUCAGGAUACAGUGUUCCCUCUGACUCAUAUGGACAACCCACAGACCAGUUUGGGCCACCAUCAGAUUCCUAUGGGACACCUGUCAGCUCCCACAAGGAGUUCGAGAACUACGACUCUCCAAUGUCAUCCAUCUCCUUUUCUUUCUCAUCGUCCACUUCACAUGAUGCACCAUCUAGCUCAUAUGGUGCCCCAUCUAGUUCCUACGACGCACUGUCAAGCUCUUAUGGGGCUCCACAUAGCUCCCACAAUGUUCCCAAUGCACCAUCAAGUUCUUAUGGAAUUCCUUCAAGUUUGUACGGAACUCCUACAACUUCAUAUGGUGCUCCAUCUAGUUCUUAUGCUGCACCUGUAAGCUCUUACAAUGCUCCAAAGACUCCAUCAAAUUCAUAUGGUGCACCUUCCAGUUCUUAUGAUGCUCCAAAGACUCCACCAAGUUCAUAUGGUGCACCUUCCAGUUCUUAUGAUGCUCCAAAGACUCCACCAAGUUCAUAUGGUGCACCUUCCAGUUCUUAUGAUGCUCCAAAGACUCCACCAAGUUCAUAUGGUGCACCUUCCAGUUCUUAUGAUGCUCCAAAGACUCCACCAAGUUCAUAUGGUGCACCUUCCAGUUCUUAUGAUGCUCCAAAGACUCCACCAAGUUCAUAUGGUGCACCUUCCAGUUCUUAUGAUGCUCCAAAGACUCCAUCAAAUUCAUAUGGUGCCCCUUCCAGCUCUUAUGAUGCUCCAAAGACUCCAUCAAGUUCAUACGGUGCACCUUACAGUUCUUUUGAUGCGCCAUCAAACUCUUACAGUGCACCAUCAAUCUCUUAUGGUGCUCCGAAAGCACCUUCUAACUCAUAUGGUUUACCAUCCAGUGCUUAUGGGGCACCAACUACUUCUUUUGGAGCACCUUCAAACUUAUUUGAUUCUCUAUCCAGCUCAUAUGGAGUACCAUCAUCAUCCUAUGACACACCAUCAAGCUCUUAUGGCUCUCCUUCUGUCUCUGAUUCUUACGGCUCACCCUCAAACAGGUAUGAAACUGUUGUUAAGUUUGAUGAUACUCAAUCAGAGGCAGUGAAUAAACACAGUAUCUCAAGUGUUACCAAGAGGCCAGCAUCUCCAUUUGAUCAAACAGCUUACCAGAAGAAACCAACAAAUGUGGAAGUCCAGCAUGUGCCCGCAGUUUACAAAGGAGAUGAAGGCACACAGCAUUCAGUUUCACAAAUAAGUGAAUUCCCCAAGUAUCAAUCACAGGCCUCAACCCCAAGUACAGACAACCUCCCACCAAAUUACUUUGAACCACAUGCAGAAACUUUCGGGAACAAGAUCAAACAAAGAGAUCAAUUUGACCCCUCAGAUGCUACCUACUAUGAUCGAAAGGACAACUCAGCAACAACCCUUCUGCACACCAGAGGGCAUGUCAAAUUCCCUGACCCACAAUCACAAUUUUCACCCUCUAUUAAGCAAUGGGAGGGUUCAUCAGAGCAGAGGGUGGGAACAAAUACAGCUGAAGUGAAGCAGGGAUAGUAACUUGCAAAUAAGAUGACACACACUAGCAAUUAACACAUUCAUUUGUUCAUUCAUUCAUUAUUCAUUCAUAAAUUCACGUGUUAUAAAUAAUAACAGAACCCUGUUCAUUGCCUAAAGCUUCACACUGAGAGGUUACAGAUUCUAGUUACAAAGAUUUGGGCAUUUUAUUUCUCAAUCAUCAUGCUAAGAGAACAUGACUUAAUAUUUUGAAGAAACAUUCAAAACAGUUUUCAUAUUGUAGCAGCUUCAUCCCCCUUCUAGAUAACAUGUAUUCUUAAUUACAUGAUACGUCCAACACACAACUUGAAUUAAAUCACAUAACAAGGGACUCAAUGAUUUAUGCAUUUCUCCAACUGCUAGAAUUAUAUCUUAAAAUGAAAAUCUGAGAUUUAAAGUCGUCAUGACAGUGAGUAUGAAAAUGGCUGUUUUCUUGCUUGUUGUGCUGUGUAGUCUGGUAGAAAUUUACCGACAUUUCAGAGGUGUGUUCAUCGCUGUGAUGAUGGAUGCAGCAAGGACCUCUGAACACUGGCAAAUUGCUACUACACUACAACCCAGAAGACAGCCACCAAGUGUCUUGUUUGUCAUUUUUGCUGCAGCCAAUCAAGAAACUGACAUGCACAUUACCACACUCAAAACAUUACCUUGCUAAGAAAUCCAAUUCCACUUCAGUCCCUCAUCCCCAAUUUGUUGUCACUUGUUAAGUAAAACAUUAGUGCAAUAUUUUUAUAUGUAUUUAUGCAGACUGUAUGUAAAGCUUAUGUAUUUAAAAACUGUUGAUUAUAUUAAUGGUAUGACUGCAUAAUGUGCACAGUUCAGAUAUGUAAACCAAAGAAAUAAACCAAUAUCCUGUACCUUA